AUGCCGAGCGACGAUCGCUUUGCGGAUGCCGUCAAACCUGCUCUAGGUAAAAGGGAAAACGGAAUAUGGAAUGGGCGGAAAACGGUUAUGAAGCGUGACGACUCCAACAGAUUUAUGGGGGUUUCGAUAGCAAAUGGUCGUGCUUUUAUUGAAAGAAUUUGAAUUCGAAGAAAGACUUUGUUGGGUACGAGGGGUUCAACUUGCAGAAGCCCUACUGUCCGACCUGCAGCACACGACGGAAGUGCUCCGCCGGGCUCACAUCAACGAUCGCCGUUCGGAGAGCCGCGACGACAUUGAGCAUUCGUACAACCUGGAGAGAACUCUUGACACCCAAAGGUAUCUACUUUUUCGUCUUGUUCAUCUUUCUCUUCUUCAUUCAUGUUCUAACACUCGUUUGGUGUGACGCGGCAUUCUUCUCAUUUCAGCAAUGGAAAUAAGUCAGUUUUGAAGCGGCGGACGUCGGAAGGACGUGAUUAUUCGAUAAGUCCGGAGAGGAUUUACGGUGAAUCCAGUGCCGGAAAAGCCCUUGUUUUAAAUGUGAAUGUUUCUGUAGAAAAUGGCCAAGAGCCCAUUCCAAUUGUGAACCGAUCGUCCCGUCCCAGUGUCCAAAGUAUUCUUUCCCAAGUCGAGGAGCCCGUGCAGGCAACCAGGUACACUCAGAUCUUCUAAAUGUCGUUUGACUAACUCGCAAGUCCCUCGAAAAGUGUUGAAUGUCAGAGGGUCAGUGUAGCAUUCUCUGCAGUUAUCCCUGCGUUUCCAAUCACUCCCGCAAACAAACGCGAGGCUAAUAACACGCGCUAAACACGCAUAUUACUGCCAUGUCGGAGCAGGAGCAGCAGAAGCCGCAAAUCAUCUCCCGUGAGGAGCUCGUCCCUCCUCCCUUCUGCUCCCGGCCGGUUCUCUAUUUCUCUCCUUCUCUCGCUCUCUGUUUGUCCCUCUCUCCUUUACUAACAAGAGAAUGAGGAAAAAGAGCUGAGAGGGCGGGAGUACCUUGCUCGCUUUGCUCCCUCCUCUUCUUAUCACUCCCGGGAUGAUGCGCGAACUGCAGCAGCGGCUUGACCAUUUCAAUGCGCCAAAUUACGCGCAGAACAGCCAUUCGAACCAUCAACUUCAUCAUUCGGUUUAUAGCUCGAGGAAGAGUCUCGGACCGCCCAGCCAGGCACAAUCCUACUCCGAUGUCGUAAGUCUUUUCUUCGCUUUGCGCUGCGAGACCCUAGAGUACUGUAGUCUAUGUGUGGGCGGUGUUUAUCUACUUCUAGUCAUACUGAAAGCUAAAAUCAUCAGCGGAAGCAGUCGAAUAUCCCAACAUCAUCAUGUAAGAGUACAUAGAGCUACCGUACUUCCUUGUGCCCACCACAUUCCAACUGACGGCAACAUCUAGUUCAUUUGCAUAGUUUCCCAUCAUUGGGAUUCCAUUAAUUGCAAAUGCAUGCUCAUAAAAGUCGGAUGACCAUCCGGAUCCGUUUCCAACUCGCCCUCCUCUUCCAUUUUUAUGUUUGUUUCGCCCCGUUGUUCCGCGUCAUCUCUCAUCUACAACAUAGUAAAACUAAGCAGUGAAAUAUUGAGGAAGCAGCAGAAAAGAAUUUUGUUUGUAAAACCUUCUUUUAUGCGCUCUCUCUCUCUCUCUCUUGGCUUCUUCGACGUGGAAAAACGUGGAGGCAGUGUGACGCGUGGAGAAACGCCGAGAAAAGAGCAAACAAAACGGUGCCCGCCAAGAAGAUUCUUUAGUUAGUAGCGGGGGUGUAAAUGAAGGUGAAACGGCGAAAAAAAGAGACAGUCUUCCUUGGUUUUUGAGUCUUGGAAAAGCACGUGGAAGCGGAGAACACUUUGAAGGCAAAGGAAAUAAUUCCCCGCAGAAAAGAGAGAGCUCCAGCUGUUAUUGUUGUUGUUUACCCGUGGGCUCAUGCUCACAAUUCUGAUAACUCACAGAGUCACAGAGCAAAUAUUCAUAGUUUUGUUGACAUGUUCUCCGGGUCUCGCAGCGAAAAACUCAUAAAACAGAAAUGAAAUGCGUGGAAUUGCAGAGAUCGAACGGUCGGUCUCCGUCGAGAGACCCCCUGCAUUCGGAAUCGAUGAUCGGAACGAUGAACGGAGAACUGAGCUCGAAGCACGGAGUCAACACGAUUCCGAAGGGAGAUUGUGCUCAUUGCGGAAAGCCAAUCAUCGGACAGGUUAGCCCUUUAACUCUUUUCGCCCCAUUUCAAAUAGGAAUUUCGUGUUGCAGGUCGUUAUCGCGCUCGGAAAAAUGUGGCAUCCGGAGCAUUACACUUGCUGCGAAUGCGGAGCCGAACUCGGUCAGCGUCCGUUCUUCGAGAGAAACGGCCGCGCGUUCUGCGAGGAGGACUACCACAACCAGUUCAGUCCCAAGUGCCAGGGCUGCCAUCGCGCCAUCACCGACGUGAGAUUCCGAUUGUGCCCGACGUCUUCAACCAUCUUUUCUUGCAGAGAUGCGUGAGUGUCAUGAACAAGAACUUCCACAUCGAAUGCUUCACUUGCGCCGAGUGCAAGCAGCCAUUCGGAGAGGACGGAUUCCAUGAGAAGGUACGUGAAGCAUCAGAGCCUUCUUCUAUAAUAUCAUUUUCAGAACGGACAGACCUUCUGCAAACGCGAUUUCUUCCGGCUGUUCGCCCCGAAAUGCAACGGAUGCUCGCAGCCGAUCACCUCCAACUUCAUCACCGCCCUCGGAACUCACUGGCAUCCGGACUGCUUCGUCUGCCAGGUAACCCUGUUUUCCCCCGUUUUCCCCUUCUCCCAAGAGCCUCCAAUUCACACGUGGUAUUGAAGAAACCGUCGAAAUCGGAGUGCGCGGUAUGUUUUAUGUCGGUGUCCCGUCGAUUCGUUCCUUUUCUUUUCUGUUUCGUGGCCUUGUGUGAGGUGCUCCAAACUUCCAGUUUUCUUUGCAUUUGAUAUUCGAGUGUGCUGUGGGAAACAUAGAGUUCGGAAGAGACAAGUUCAGCUUGUAGUUCUUAACUUUUGAGAAAUUCUAUGAAACUUUCAGCUUUUUUGGGUUCACUUCUUGCGUAUCUUUUCGGCCAAUUACUAUUGAGAAAAAGGAAAGAGACUCAAUUCAGUUGAGCAUGUCCCCGUAGCCAUAAACCCGAUAGCUUCCAUUUCAAUCAUCGGAGUGCUCUUUCUUUGUGUCGAUUGUUCUUCUUGUUUUCAGUCGUGCGGAGUGUCUUUCAACGGCGGCAGCUUCUUCGAGCACAACGGAGCGCCGCUCUGCGAACGUCACUACCACGAGAGCCGCGGCUCCGUGUGCUCUCAAUGCCGUGGGCCGAUCAACGGACGGUGCGUGGCGGCGAUGGGCCGGAAGUUCCAUCCGGAGCACUUCCGCUGCUCCUACUGCAAUCACCAGCUGACGAAAGGAACAUUCAAGGAAGUGGACCGUCGUCCGUUCUGCCACAAAUGUUACAAUAACACGUAUGCCCUGACUCCAGCCUAAUCUCGUUUUCUAUUUUUGUCUCUGAUGUGUCCUGUGACAAGUAUUGUGUGUUUUCGAGAGGAAACAUUCGAUUUUUGUCGCUCGUCUCUUGUACCAUACGCCCAAAAACUCUACGCAUUUUCGAAAUAAUUCAAACUCCCGCCAUAUCACCCCCUCUCCCAGUCACUUUUCCUUCACUUUUCCACGCAUUUCGCAGGGCAACGAGCACUUCGCGGCGCAGUGUCCGAUGGAUGUCACCUAUUUCGAAGAAGAACAAGCAUACUGAAUCAACCCUCUUCCCCCCGUUUUCUUCCUUUUUUAUUCGUUCUCCUGUAAUCCUACUAUAUAGACAUUUAAUGAAUAAAAGGCGAUUCGAAUGAACAAAAAUGAAAGGCACUGCAAAAGUUAACGGGGUGGGGCACUGUUUGAACAGAUGUCUCCGUUUGGAAUGGAUCGAAAGUGAAAUUGUUCGGAUAAUAACUACAGUCUUCAUGAUUCGAGUUAUCGCCACUGGUAAGUACAUCCUAGUUCACAAAGUGUAGAGGAUGGAAACUUUGAAAAGUGCUCUCGUGCAAGUGUUUUAUGCGAGCCGUUGCUUAUGAACGGCGCUUGGAGAAGUUCAAUAGUUCAAUCGUGGCCACUUUUACGAUUGUUGCCGUAAAAGAGAGGUUGCAAAGUGUUACGACCGAAACGUUUCUCUCAAUUGAGAACGGUUUUCGGGGUCAGCAUUUCUUACCGUUUUUCUUCAGAGCCGUCGUUCAUGUCCCCUCGGUUUCUGGCAAACUGCAAACUAUUCUGCAUUCUCUUCGCAUGCUUCACAAUUUUUCUGCUUCUUUUUUAUCCAGAAUACAGAGCCAAUGUAAUUGACUUAGGCUGAGCCGAUUCCCAUUAUUUCAUUCGCAGAGCUUUCAAAUCGCAUCUUACCGUACUUCUUUCCUUCCGAUGACCAGAAACAGAAAGUUCCUCGAGGCGGCUGAGCAAUGGAAACAGUGUUUUACCGAAGGGCUCAAUAAGAGCAGGAAAGAACCGAAAGAGGUUAGAUUUGUGAGCAGAGGACUGAAUAUGAUGGAGAACAUUCAGAUGUGGUAUUGGGUACGGCACGUAGUGAACAACUGCCGGAAUCAGACGGCCUUCUCUAAGAUCGAGUUGACGGGUGUGAAGAAUAAGGACGAGAUGAAGUACCACGUGUACAGCACUUCCAAAGUGAGCACAGAAGAGCACAGACUAAAAAGACGGCAAACUAUUUUCAGGAGCCCAGUGUUGUGGUAACCCUCGGAAUCGGGCUGGACGUGAAAGCCGAAGAAACGCUCAAACAUUUCCUUCCCUACGGAUCUCGAUUCUUUGCUGCUGACCCGAUUUACAAGGGAAACGGAGAGCUCUUCGAGCCCAUCGGCUCUUUUUUUCCGUUCGCAGUCGGAAAAGAAAUCACUGUCUCGAAUGCAUUGGUCCUGAAGGACAGUGAGCGAAAAGCGAUGAGAUCCGGCGCAAUAGUGUUACAAUUUCAGAGAAGUACAUCAAUCUGGUGAUGCCCCACAUCGACAUCAUCACUUUCGUCACCAAAUUCGUGAAGGAAUCCACUAUCGAUCAGUUUCUGAUGGACAACGAAGGGCCAGAAUACGAUAUCAUUCCGAUGAUGGCUCGCGGAGCAGAAUUCGAUCAGAACGGGAUCGUCGUCUGCCAAUGCAAUACGGAAGUGCACACGGCAGACGACGAACGCAAACGGAAGUUUCUCGAGAUUAUGAACACGGUAAUCGACGACGGACGGUACGCAUUUCUCGUCUCCUACGCCACCGUCCAUCACCGAUUCUUCUUCAUUAACAUUGAACAUCCUAUCUGUGUGGAGAAGUAUUUUUCUAGGUUUUUUGAAUGAAAUAACGUUCUUGUUUAGUGAUCAAACUAGAGUUUAUUGUGAGAAAUAG